AUGGCCCCUCAAUGGCUUCGCACUCUCUUCUUGGCCACUAUUCUGGCCGGGCAGGGAAUUGUCAAUGGCCUCACUCUUGACGUGGAUGAUGAGGCAUCCAUCAAAGACAUCGCUGGAAAAGUCGCCUACAACACCAUGUCCUACUACCACUCCAACGAAUCCUCUAGCGAUCUCAUGCCCGGAAAGCUGCCCGGUACCUGGUGGGAAGGUGGCGCCUUAUUCAUGACCCUCAUGCAGUACUGGUAUUGGACCGGCGACAAAUCCUACAACGAUGUCACCCAGACCGGCAUGUUAUGGCAAAAGGGAAACAACGAUUACUUCCCCGACAACCAGAGCAACUAUCUCGGAAACGAUGAUCAAGUCUUUUGGGGCUUGGCCGCCAUCACCGCCGCCGAACUCAACUUCCCAGAGCGCAAAGGCGAUUCCUCGUGGGUAUCGCUGGCCCAGGGUGUGUUUAAUACUCAGGUUCCUCGAUGGGAUAUGACCGCGUGCGCUGGUGGUUUGCGCUGGCAGAUUUGGCCCUAUCAGGGCGGAUACAUGAUCAAGAACGCCGUCUCCAACGGUGGUCUCUUCCAGCUGGCCGCUCGUCUCGCUCGCUAUACCGGUAAUCAAACUUAUUUCGACUGGGCCGAGAAGAUCUGGGAUUGGAGUGCGACCACCCCGUUGUUGAAGCAAUCCGACUGGACCAUUGCCGAUACGACCAACAUGCAAGCAAACUGCACCGAUCAUGGCGACCUCCAGUGGACCUAUAAUUAUGGUCAGUACCUCGGUGGGGCCGCCUACAUGUACAACAUUACAAACGGAGAUGCCAAGUGGAAAGAAGGCAUUGACGGCUUGCUUGGAACCACCUUCCAGACAUUCUUCCCCAAGAAGUAUGGCAGCAAGACUAUGUCAGAAAUCGCCUGCGAACCGAAUAUGAAAUGUGAUCGGAACCAAGACUGUUUCAAGGGUUUCCUGUCUUCGUGGUUGACGAAUAUGGCGGAGAUUGUACCCUACACGCACGACCAGAUCAUGCCCAUGAUUCUAGAAUCAGCCCAAGGAGCUGCCCAGCAAUGCUCGGGCGGGGACGACGGCACCCAGUGUGGACGACGAUGGUACCAAGAUACAUGGGACGGGUCGACGUCGAUGGAGUCGGACAUGAGUGCGUUGAGUGUCAUUUCAUCCACCAUGUUUAUGCACAAAAAGAACAGCCAGGGGCCCCUCACUGCCGAUACAGGCGGAAAAAGUAAGAGCGAUCCCACUGCGGGUGCCGACGACGAAGAUGAGCAGCCCGGCGAGCUACCGGAUAUCUCCACGGGAGACCGUGCCGGGGCUGGCGUUGUGACCGUGGUGUUUGUGGCCAUGUGGGGUGCUGCAAUGACCUGGAUGGUAUACGGGGGUUAA